CUCUCUCUCUCUCUCUCUAACAUGGAGUACAUAAACAGAACACAUUUCAAUCCACCUCCUUGUAUUCCUUAGCAGCAAAUUCUACAAGUAGUAUUUAAUUAAGUGGGUUCUACUUCAAUAAUCACACCUCUUUAUAAACCCAAUUAUUAACCAAACACCACAAAUCUCUAUCAUUCCCAAUUAGUCUCGGCAUAAUAAACCCACUGAAAAAUGGCACCAACUUUCUCUCUCCUCCUUCUCCUCCUCUUCCUCCUGUCUCCACUCUCUUCAGCAACUGGGAUUCACGACCCCAAUCCUUCCCAAUCUUCACCACAACUGAAUUUCCCGAAAACACAGGCCCAAAAGCUCAUCAGAGGCCUCAACUUAUCUCCCAAACAUGACAUCAACACCGGCUCCGGCAGCAGCCACAAGGCGGCCGAGUCUCCGGUGGAUGGUCCCAUGAUGGUGGAGAAGCCGUUGAGAUUGCCUGUGCUCGGGGAUGCUGGGAAUACCAUUCAAGACUUGGGUCACCACGCGGGUUAUUAUCGGCUCCCACACGCCAAAGAUGCAAGGAUGUUCUACUUUUUCUUUGAAUCCCGAAAAAACAAGAGUACUAGUGACCCUGUGGUUAUAUGGCUCACCGGAGGCCCUGGCUGUAGCAGUGAACUAGCUCUGUUUUACGAGAAUGGCCCAUUCCACAUUGCCAAGAACUUGUCUCUACUAUGGAAUGACUUCGGUUGGGACCAGGCAUCAAACCUUAUAUAUGUUGAUCAGCCAACUGGAACUGGUUUUAGUUAUAGUUCCAACGAAAACGAUACUCGACACGACGAAAAUGGUGUCAGCAAUGAUCUAUAUGACUUCUUGCAGGGGUUCUUCAAGCUACAUCCCCAGUAUGCAAAGAAUGAAUUUUACAUAACCGGAGAAUCUUACGCCGGACACUACAUCCCUGCUUUCGCUGCUAGAGUUCACCAGGGGAACAAAGCCAAGGAAGGGAUUCAUGUAAACCUCAAGGGAUUUGCUAUAGGUAACGGGCUCACUGAUCCGGAAAUCCAAUACAAAGCGUACCCUGAAUUUGCUCUGGACAUGAAAUUGAUUAACCAGUCUGAUUACACCAAGAUUGUAACCGAGUUGGUUCCCUCUUGUGAACAGGCUGCAACACUUUGUGGUGAUGAUGGAGGAGAUUCUUGCACAUAUGCAUAUGAAAAUUGCAAUUCUGUAUUCAAUGAGAUCAUUGGUAUCGCGGGUGACAUUAACUACUAUGACAUCAGAAAGAAAUGCGUGGGACAGCUGUGCUACGACUUCUCCAACAUGGAGAAUUUGAUGAACAAGCAAACAGUUAGGGAUGCUUUAGGAGUUGGACGCAUUGAGUUUGUUUCGUGUAGCUCAACAGUGUACGAGGCCAUGUUGACAGACUGGAUGAGGAAUCUUGAAGUUAGGAUUCCCACACUUCUUGAAGAUGGAAUCAAGAUGCUUGUGUAUGCUGGGGAGUAUGAUCUCAUUUGCAACUGGCUUGGGAAUUCCAAAUGGGUUAAUGCUAUGGUAUGGUCUGGGCAGAAAGAAUUCACAGCUGCUCCCAAUGUUUCAUUCGUAGUCGAUGGUGCAGAAAAAGGUGUGAUGAAAAGCUAUGGGCCUCUUACCUUCCUCAAGGUACAUGAUGCUGGCCACAUGGUUCCAAUGGAUCAACCCAAAGCUGCACUGGAGAUGCUGAGGAGGUGGACACAAGGCAAACUUUCCGUGACGACACAGUCAAAAUUUCGGAUUGUCCCCAUGUAAUUGCCCCAAUCAAACACAUUAUUCACAACCCUCAUUUCUUAUAGAAGAUUCUUCAAAGCUCAAAGAAGAGAUUGAUUAAUGAAAGCAACAGAUACAAAUAAUUAUGGUUCCAA